UGCACUGCGGUGUUUCCCGCGCGGGCUAUCCCAGUUCGCGGGCGUACGGCGCGGCCUUUCUAACAAGCCGCCGGCGCCGCCACGGUCAUGGGUUUCCUGAAGCUGAUUGAGAUCGAGAACUUUAAGUCGUACAAGGGUCGGCAGAUUAUCGGACCAUUUCAGAGGUUCACCGCCAUCAUUGGACCCAAUGGCUCUGGUAAGUCAAAUCUCAUGGAUGCCAUCAGCUUUGUGUUGGGUGAGAAAACCAGCAACCUGCGGGUAAAGACCCUGAGGGACCUGAUCCAUGGAGCUCCUGUGGGCAAGCCAGCUGCCAACCGGGCCUUUGUCAGCAUGGUCUACUCUGAGGAGGGUGCUGAGGACCGCACCUUUGCCCGUGUCAUUGUUGGGGGUUCUUCUGAGUACAAGAUCAACAACAAAGUGGUCCAGCUACAUGAGUACAGUGAGGAAUUAGAGAAGUUGGGCAUUCUUAUCAAAGCUCGUAACUUCCUCGUCUUCCAGGGCGCUGUGGAAUCUAUUGCCAUGAAGAACCCCAAAGAGAGGACAGCUCUUUUUGAAGAGAUCAGUCGCUCUGGGGAGCUGGCCCAGGAAUAUGACAAGCGAAAAAAGGAAAUGGUGAAAGCUGAAGAGGACACGCAGUUUAAUUACCAUCGCAAAAAAAACAUCGCAGCUGAACGCAAGGAGGCCAAACAAGAAAAAGAAGAGGCUGACCGCUACCAGCGCCUGAAGGAUGAGGUGGUGCGAGCUCAGGUACAGUUGCAACUUUUCAAACUUUAUCAUAAUGAAGUGGAAAUCGAGAAGCUCAACAAAGAACUGGCCUCUAAGAACAAGGAGAUCGAGAAGGACAAGAAGCGGAUGGACAAGGUAGAGGAUGAGCUGAAGGAGAAGAAGAAGGAGCUGGGCAAAAUGAUGCGGGAACAGCAGCAGAUUGAGAAGGAGAUCAAGGAGAAGGACUCAGAGCUGAACCAGAAGCGGCCUCAGUACAUCAAAGCCAAGGAGAAUACCUCCCACAAAAUCAAGAAGCUGGAAGCAGCCAAGAAGUCCCUACAGAAUGCUCAGAAGCAUUACAAGAAGCGUAAAGGUGACAUGGAUGAGCUGGAAAAGGAGAUGCUGUCAGUGGAGAAAGCCCGGCAGGAGUUUGAGGAACGGAUGGAAGAGGAGAGUCAGAGUCAGGGCAGAGAUUUGACCCUGGAGGAGAAUCAGGUGAAGAAAUAUCACCGGUUGAAAGAAGAAGCCAGCAAGAGAGCAGCUACCCUGGCCCAGGAGCUGGAAAAGUUCAAUCGAGACCAGAAGGCCGACCAGGACCGGCUGGAUCUGGAAGAGCGGAAGAAAGUAGAGACAGAGGCCAAGAUCAAGCAAAAGCUGAGGGAGAUUGAGGAGAAUCAGAAGCGGAUUGAGAAACUGGAGGAAUACAUCACAACUAGCAAGCAGUCCCUCGAGGAGCAGAAGAAGCUAGAGGGGGAGCUGACAGAGGAAGUGGAGAUGGCCAAGCGGCGAAUUGAUGAGAUCAAUAAGGAGCUGAACCAGGUGAUGGAGCAGCUGGGGGAUGCACGCAUUGACCGCCAGGAGAGCAGCCGCCAACAGCGAAAGGCAGAAAUUAUGGAAAGCAUCAAGCGCCUGUACCCUGGCUCUGUGUACGGCCGCCUCAUUGACCUCUGCCAGCCCACACAAAAGAAGUAUCAGAUUGCAGUAACCAAGGUUUUGGGUAAGAACAUGGAUGCCAUUAUCGUGGACUCAGAGAAGACAGGCCGGGACUGUAUUCAGUAUAUCAAGGAGCAGCGUGGGGAGCCUGAGACCUUCUUGCCUCUUGAUUACCUGGAGGUGAAACCUACAGAUGAGAAACUCCGGGAGCUGAAGGGGGCCAAGCUGGUGAUUGAUGUUAUUCGCUAUGAGCCACCUCACAUCAAAAAGGCCCUGCAGUACGCUUGUGGCAAUGCCCUUGUCUGUGACAAUGUGGAGGAUGCCCGCCGCAUUGCCUUUGGAGGCCACCAGCGCCACAAGACAGUGGCACUGGAUGGGACCCUGUUCCAGAAGUCAGGGGUGAUCUCUGGCGGGGCUAGUGAUCUGAAGGCCAAGGCCCGGCGCUGGGAUGAGAAAGCAGUAGACAAGUUGAAAGAGAAGAAAGAGCGGUUGACAGAAGAGCUGAAGGAGCAGAUGAAGGCAAAGCGGAAAGAGGCAGAACUACGUCAGGUGCAGUCUCAGGCUCAUGGACUGCAGAUGCGGCUCAAGUACUCACAGAGUGACCUAGAACAGACCAAGACACGACAUCUGGCCCUCAAUCUGCAGGAAAAGUCCAAGCUGGAGAGUGAGCUAGCCAACUUUGGGCCUCGAAUCAAUGAUAUCAAGAGGAUCAUCCAGAGUCGAGAGAGGGAAAUGAAAGACUUGAAGGAGAAGAUGAACCAGGUAGAGGAUGAGGUAUUUGAAGAGUUUUGUCGGGAGAUUGGUGUGCGCAACAUCCGGGAGUUUGAGGAAGAGAAGGUGAAGCGGCAGAAUGAAAUCGCCAAGAAGCGUUUGGAGUUCGAGAAUCAGAAGACUCGCUUGGGCAUCCAGUUGGAUUUUGAAAAGAACCAACUGAAGGAGGACCAGGAUAAAGUACACAUGUGGGAGCAGACAGUGAAAAAAGAUGAAAAUGAGAUAGAAAAGCUCAAGAAGGAGGAACAAAGACACAUGAAGAUCAUAGAUGAGACCAUGGCCCAGCUACAAGACCUAAAGAAUCAGCACCUGGCCAAGAAGUCAGAGGUGAAUGACAAGAACCACGAGAUGGAGGAGAUUCGUAAGAAACUGGGGGGCGCCAACAAGGAAAUGACCCAUUUACAGAAGGAGGUGACAGCCAUUGAGACCAAGCUUGAACAGAAACGUAGUGACCGCCACAACCUGCUACAGGCCUGCAAGAUGCAGGACAUCAAGUUGCCACUGUCUAAGGGCACCAUGGACGAUAUUAGUCAGGAAGAGGGUAGCUCCCAGGGGGAGGAUUCAGUGAGUGGCUCCCAACGAACUUCCAAUAUCUAUGCACGAGAGGCCCUCAUCGAGAUUGACUACGGCGACCUGUGUGAGGAUCUGAAGGAUGCCCAGGCCGAGGAGGAGAUCAAACAGGAGAUGAACACACUGCAGCAGAAGCUGAAUGAGCAGCAGAGUGUGCUCCAGCGUAUUGCUGCCCCCAACAUGAAGGCCAUGGAAAAGCUGGAAAGUGUCCGAGACAAGUUCCAGGAAACCUCAGACGAGUUUGAGGCAGCCCGAAAGCGAGCCAAGAAGGCCAAGCAGGCAUUUGAACAGAUCAAGAAGGAGCGCUUUGACCGCUUCAAUGCCUGUUUUGAAUCAGUGGCCACCAACAUUGAUGAGAUCUACAAGGCCCUGUCCCGUAACAGCAGUGCCCAGGCAUUCCUGGGCCCUGAGAACCCUGAGGAGCCCUACUUGGAUGGCAUCAACUACAACUGUGUGGCUCCUGGCAAACGCUUCCGGCCCAUGGACAACUUGUCAGGGGGGGAAAAAACAGUGGCAGCUCUGGCCCUGCUCUUUGCCAUCCACAGCUACAAGCCAGCCCCCUUCUUCGUCCUGGAUGAGAUCGAUGCUGCCCUGGAUAACACCAACAUUGGCAAGGUAGCAAAUUACAUCAAGGAGCAGUCGACUUGCAACUUCCAGGCCAUCGUCAUUUCUCUCAAGGAGGAGUUCUACACCAAGGCUGAGAGCCUCAUUGGAGUCUACCCCGAGCAAGGGGACUGUGUGAUCAGCAAAGUCCUGACCUUCGACCUCACCAAGUACCCAGAUGCCAACCCCAACCCCAAUGAGCAGUAGCAGUAGUUCUGCCCUCCUGCCCUGUCUGGAUCCCUAAGCUACGCCUCUCCCAAUCUCUGGAUAUUUGGCUCCCAACCUUCCCCUAUCUGCUGUCCCUGUUUGGUAUCAUGGGAUUUAGGCACUGCUAUCAAGCAUGAAGAGGAACAGAGGUGAUGUUAGUUCUGGAGCAAAAAUUCCUGAGCUUCAGGGAGCAUCCUGGCCUCUGGAAGGAGGUGCUGAGCUGAAUAGGGCCAUCUGUCCAUCCCCCCUUCCGCCACCCUGGAACUUACUCCGUCACCCAUAAUCGUGGGUUCCUUGGGCCCCCUGCAUUUCACUUGUGUGUGGGUAUGUACGUGUGUGUAUAUGUGUCCACAUGUGCGCAUGUGGGUGUGUUUGCAAAAUAAUAAAGAUAUUGGAGACCCAUUUUAGAAGGAGCCUAGGCUGAAUUUGAUUCCAAGAGAGCUUAGUAUGACAGCACCCCGGCGCUGGGCAUAGGUAUUCCAGACCUCAGGAUUCAGGCAGUUACAUGAAACCACCCUCAUUCACUCAAUGUUUUCAUUCAUUUCGUGUGUUCAUCAAAUACAUACUGAACACCCUCUUUGUCAGACUCUAUGCUAGGAAUACAGAACUUAAUCAGACAUGAUCUCUACCCUCCUACUAAGGAGAUGCUAGUGGGUUCAUGAGUUCCCGUGGUUAGCUGAAUCAUUAGGUGCUUUGAAUUUGAGAAGAGGAUGAUCAGCUCCAGGCUUCCUGGAGGUCACAUUUGAGCUAGACCUUGACAAGUUGGUAGGAUUUGGUUGGGUGCUAGGAGCAGAGCCUGGGCUCUGGGGACAGGUCUAGUCCCAUUUUUUUUAUCACUUACUAGUUUGACACUGGGCAAGUCAUUUGACCUUUCUGUGCCUGUUUCCUCAACUGUAAAAUGGGGCUAACAGUAUUUACCUACCUCAUAGGAUUUAAUGAUGUCAAACUCCUCACUGGAGCCCUUAUCCCUGCUUGGAGCCCACUAGGUGCCAACCCCUCAGAAUACAAGCCUUCUCAUGCCUAACCCCUGAGGGCUUCUGAUCCCAGUUGUUAGGGACAGAAGAGCCUCCAAAUCUGGGAUAUGCUGAAUGCCCUGGUUAUUGGGAAAGUUCCAGGGCAUUGAUGGGGUUUACCUGGUAAGUGGAGGACCUAAGGAACCCUAUCACUUCAAUCAUGUAUGAUAACUGGGUGCCUAGGCCCCAACCUGGGUUGUGAGGAAGUAGGGGAGAGGUAGCCUGGGCCGCAUCCUGGUUGAAUGCAUGUAAUGUUUCUUCUGGGAACUAACCACAUUAGUUGCAGGCACUGUGCAGAGGCAGUGCAGUCUGCUGCCAUGAGGUCAGUCUUUGCUUGUUCAUGUAUACUGUCAGACCAUCACCUUGUCCGAUCUGUAUACUACAUUUUUUCUUUUUUAAAGUUAAAUCAGUUCUAAUUACCCAAGUAAUGCAUGAAUCCAUUUUCUUUUUAAGAAAUUAGAUUGUUGCAAAUAAAGCUAGCUUCAUUCGACUACCAUUCCCCCUCCCCCUCUCAAUUGCUAUAAUGUCUGUUGUACAUCCUUCUUGACUUUGUUUUAAGACUUUUACAUAUGAGUUCAUUGAAAAUACUGUGUUUAAUGCAGAUGGUAUAUUGAAUCAUUCUGCAGUUUGCUUUCUUUGCUUAGAAAUGUUUUUGAGAUCUAUGCAUGUUGCUAAAUGUAGAUGCAGUCCAUCCUUAGUAAUUGUUAUGUAGAUUGCCAUGAUGUGACUCUGCCAUAUUUUAUUUACCCAUUUCUCGUGUGAUAGACAGUAGGACUCUCCUGUUUUUGCUGUUAUAAGGAUACUACGCAGGAGCAUCGUGUGUGCGUGUGUGAAAAUUUACCUAGGGUCGAUUCCUACAAGUUGAAUUACAGAAUCGUAGGUUAUUUAUAUUUUUGUUUUUAAUAGAUACUUCCAAAUUGCCUUUCUGUACUGUUUACUCAGUAUUUUUCUUGAGGUUGUCUUAGGUCUAAUAUCGUUAUCUACUUCAUUUCAUCCUGAGUAGUGAUAACCGUGAAACCAUGGGUUUGAUGUGCUAAUAAGUAUGUAUUUUCUAAUACAUAUUAAAAGGGAUAGCUAUCAAAACAAAAUAAAUGUGUCUGUGUUCAACCAAAGAAGUCACAUACCACUAGUGGUAUGUGUGCUGUAAUUUGGGAAAUGCUGGCAUAUGUGGAAGAGCACAACUGGGGAGUCACCCUCGUUCAAAUACUAGCUGUAGAAACUUGAACCUGUUAGUUCACCUCUUUGAGCCUCAGUUUCCUAAUGUAGGAAAGGAGAUAAUAUACACUUAUCUUGCAGCGGUGUAAAGAAGAUGAAAUGAAAUACAUCUGAAGCAAUUUGGCUGGCAUGUAGAUUAUCACAGGACUUUAAAGGUAGCGAUUGCUAUUCUUCCCACUUUGCAGAUGAGGAGACUGAGGCCCAGCAAGGUUAAAUCACCCAGCUACCAGAUAACAGUGAGGGUUUGAACCCACACCCUCCAAUUCAGUCUUGCGGUUUCUCCCUUCUAAGGGUGGUUAUCAACCUUACCUGCGAAGCUUUUUCUUUUUCCUUUUUAUUUGGUUGCACCACGCAGCUAGCAGUAUCUCAGUUCCCCUACCAGAGAUUGAACCUGGGCCAUGGUAGUGAAAGCCCAGAAUCCUAACCACUAGGCCACCAAGGAACUCCCUCUUUUUCCUUUUUAAAAAUCAAAGCAAUAUAUACACCAGUUAGAAAAUAAAAUAGUACAGAAGGGCUUAUAAUGAAAAGCAGCAGUUCCCUGCUGCACCCCCAUGUCCAAAGGAUGUGGAGCUCCUUGCUCUGGUCCUACCCCUGGAAAUCUAAUUCAGUAGGUGUGGAUGAUAAUCUGGGUAACUAAUCCCUACCUCACAAGGUAGAAAGCAUUACAUGAGAUGCCUUAGGAUAAGACCUUGGCACAUAGGAACACAAGUGCUACAAAAGAUUUAAAUCCUGAGGAUCAGAGAGGUCAGAUGACUUGUCUGGGAUUCCAGUGGUUCGCUGGCAGAGCCUAGACUUCCACUGGGAUCUCCUCUGUGCUUGCCCGGUGCUUUCCCUUGUGCCACACCACCUCCUAUCAUCACAAGGCAACAUGUACUCAGUGCAGGCUGUGCCCAGAGAAGAGCAGACACCAUGGUGUGUUUCCAAGAGCCAGCUGGAUCUGAGUAGAAUCCCUAGGGCUAGUUGGAGGACACUAGGUUGACUCCCUUAUGUUCUGGACCCGGUAGCCUUAGUCUCGGGACACAAACAUGAGUCAACUCUUUCUCCUGUCUUUGAGGAACUCACUGUCUAGUUGGGGAGGCAAUUCAUAAAGCAGUGUGAUCAGUGCUCUGACAGGAGCAUGAAUAAAGGAGGGGCAUCUAGCUUAGGCAGAGGUUCAGGGAAGACGUCCUCUAGUCUAGGAAGUGACACCUGAGCUGACUCUUGGGGGACUGGCAGGAAUUAGCCAGUUGAGGAGGAAGUGGAAGGAGUUUCCAGUUAGAACAGUAUGCACGAAGACCUGAAGGCAAGAAACAUCCUAGCAAUUCAGAAAUACUGAAGCAUAAGGUUUCCUGGGCUAGGGAAAAGCAGCAAGAAAUGAAGCUAGAGAGGUAGUCAGGAACCAGAUUUGAAGAGGGUCAUAAGAGCCUGGCUACAGAGCAGAUUUACCUCGUAGGACAGUGUGGUUCCCAAACUGGCUAUGCACCAGAAACACUUGGGGCAUCCUGGGCCCCAACCUCGAAAAAUUCAAUUUCCAUAACUGGAGUGGGGGCCUUAGGAUCUGGAGUGCUUAUAAAGGUCUGCACACAACUCCAGGGUGCAGCCAGGUUUGGGAAUUGCGGGUUGGAGACAGCAGGGGAGCCGUGGAAUAGUUUUAAGCAGAGGAGACUCCAGAUAAGAUGUGAUUUUAACAAACCCCUUUCUGGCCAGCCAGUGUGGAAAUAGAUUAGGUUAGAUUCUCAAGCUGUAUGCUCCCAUGCCUGUAGUUUCCUGUUGUUCAAUUCUCACACUGUUUUAUAUUUGCUUGUUUUGUCUCUCUGAAUAAGCUGUAAGUACCACAAGGGUCAGCCUGGGGUUAUCCUGCUACUGGUAUAUCCCCAGCAAAAAGCACAGUGCGUGACCCCUAACAGGCACCUAAUAAAUAGUUUUUGAAUGAAUGAAUGCAUGAAUGAAUGCAUUUGUGAGGGAGAGAGGGGAGACAGAUUAGUUAGAAAACAGUUGAAAAUACUAGGCCCACUCAAGGGCAAAGGCAGUGGGAAUGGAUUGGAGAUGAGCUGUUAAAGGAAGAUGAUGAAGCAGACUUGGUGACUGAUUAUUGGAUGUGGAGGGUGACUGAGAGGAUAGAAUGAAUACUCGUUAAUAGCCAAGAUUCCUACCCUAUCUCAGUCAUUCUCCUUCCUUAUCCAUCUGACUCAGAAUCUCCUUCCAGCCUCCUCAGCAACUGGAAUUCCUCAAGUUAGGUAAACAUUCUCUGUGUGCUGUGUGGUCUCCCCCUCCCCCCCCCCCCCGCCAUUGAUUCAUUCAUCAAGUUCAAUACAUCUUGGCUAAGCACCUCCUGUGCUUUUCCAAGCCAGGACUUUGACUUCCUCUUUCCUACCUCAGAUGUUUUUGUGGGCUUCCCCAGAUAAGACUUACAUCCCUUAUACAGUAACCUAAAGGGAGAUACCCAGAUGUCAGACCUGUAAGGGAACUUAGGGAUUUUGUCUAACCCCUUCCUGAGGCUCUCAGAGGGGAGGGAACUUGCCCAAGGCCCCUCUAGUAGAUACUAGGAAGUGUUCGAGCCAGAACUGGAACCUAAGUUCUCUUUCCACAUUGCCCCUAGGAGCCUUGAUUUCUCCCAUUGCAGAUCAGGAGAGGGAGAGGAGGCCAUGGAGAAGGUGGGACUUAGGUUGGCCUUGAAGGUCGACGUACUGGACAGCCCAAGAAGCAGCUUGCCAAUUACACUGCCCCCUUCUGGAAGCCCCCAGCAGACCUGCCAGGCCCACAGUCCCUUCUAAGGGGUUUCUAAAGCAUGAGUUGCCAUGUUCUGUACCAUGUGACCUCACAGUCCUGGCCACAGGUGGUUAAGUUGGGGUAGUAUCUUACUCAAGGACAGCCAGUCUCUAAGCUGGCCAGUGGCCUACUAGGUGGACUGAUGUAAGAACUCUGCCUCCUAGUGAUGGGCUGUAUCGGAUGGCAAACAUAUGAAACAAUCAGAUGCUUUUUCAGGGAGGUUGAAUGUGAGGCAUUCAGAAGAAGUGAACAGUUAAUUAGAAUUUAUCAAGGCAGGAGUGGUGGUGGAUGAAGGGUGUCAGAAACUGAACAGUGAAAGCAAGGAGAAAGCUGCAGAAAUAAUGAGACAUAUUAGAAUGUGGGGCCACAGGUAGCAGAAGCCAUGAAGCAGCAAGACAAUGGGUCAAAAGGACACAAGCCAUGAAGCAAUAGGAGCCACGAUGUAGCAGUAGCCAUGAGGAACAGAAAUCAUGAGACAAAACCCUGAAUCUGUGAGAUUCACGAAGCAGCAUACGGCUUGAACAGACAAGAUCCAUGAGGCAGCAAAAGCGAUGAGACUGCAAGAGCCACAAGGUAGCUGCAACCGCGUGGCAGCAAGGCAACAGGAAUCAAAGAGGCAGCGGGAUAGACAAGGCAAGCAGAAAUUACAGCACACAGAAGCCCUGGAUUAGUUGGAACUGAAACCCCAGAAGCCAGGAAGCUGCAGGAGCCAGGAGGCCCAGAAGCUCUGAGGCCCCGAAGGCCAUGGGCUAGGGAGGAGGGGAGCAGAGAAAAGGUAGUCAGUAGCAGUAGGAGGAGUAUAAAUACUGCCAGAAAGAAGUUGAGUCACCAUUUUGGGAAGCACUAGAGAAGGGAGCAACAGAUGCCUGCAGCUGAGGGGGUGACAAGAUAAGCCAGGCUCUAGAGCUGCUUUGGAUCAUGAACCAUUUUCAAGUUUCUGUUCUGUGAGGCUGCCUGUGUAGCUGUUUUUGUCUUCCUUAUUUCCCUGUGAAUGCUUCAAUAAAUCUCCAUCACUAA